CACACACACACACACACACAGAAAAGUUUCUAUUGAUCUGUAGGUAGACGGGGCAGAGGGGGGAGGAACAGCCGAGCAGGAUGGUAAAGCCAGCAGAGCAGUAGCUGUACCUGCUCCUGUCUCAUCCUGCCUUUCUUUUCUUUUUUUUUAAGAUCUUGUGUUUGAAGGUGGGUGUAUCAGUCCCUCUCCCCUCAUCUCUCCUUCACCCACUCCAUUGCGGUGUGUUCCUACUGGGCUAUCUAUCUGCACGCUCUCACACACACACACACACACACACGCUCGUUCCUAAACAGCCCCCCCUCCCACCGUUCAUCCGUCUGUGUCUACCGCCAUCAGACACAGAGAGUGAUAAUAUCUGCCCAUCUCCUCCUCCUAUUUGCUGUGCUCCUCCUCUCCUGCAUCUUGCCUAUUGAUUAUUCACUUGGGCGUUCAUUUACCACAGCGUCUCAUACAAGGUAGCCCUGCUUCCUCUUCAAUUUAUCUCAUGUCUUUAAUACAGUUUGGACUUUGCCUUCCUAAAUCGUACUUUAUUUUUAUUGCAGUGAUUUAUUAUCUGUGUUCAGUUACUGUCUGGACACGUCCCUCUGCUCCCUGCCUGCAUGCUUCUCCCUUGCAUCAAGACUUCCUCCACCUUGUCUGUGUGGAAGACAAAGCUGUUCGGAGUCCGCUCUGCAUUGUUGUACAGUUUGAAUAUUAACAUGUGGCUCAGCCAUGACUGUGCUGUACCAGUGGAAAAAAAAAAAAAAAAAAACCUGGGAGGAACAAGGGUGGGCUCUGUGGAGGGAGGAGCUGCUGUGGAAACGGCCCUGUCAUUGGUCGGUGACGUGUCCUGCCUGCCUGCAAAAGCUCGCCCGGUUGGCUGCUGCUCUGCAUUGAGCACAGCAGUUGUGAAGAAUUACCCCUUCUCCUUUCUGCCCAGUCUCUCUCUUUCCUGCCUCUUCCCCUCACAUUAACGAAUGUCUGGGAGUCAUCGGUGUCGACCACGUGUGCCAGCCUGUGCCACCUCAAGGACACCACUGUUCCCAGUAUACUGCAGCUGGAUUCCUAUCAACAAGACAACACGCAAGGACAUGCAGAAGAGAGGUCAGUGAGGAGGAUGACAACGGAGGAAUAAAGGACAGCGAAGGAGGGAUGAGAAAGAGACUGAAGUAAGAGGAGGAAGUGGAACUCUGAAGGGCCUACUGAGAAGGGGUUGUCUGCUGCCGUCUGACUUUGCUGGAUGAGAGCAGGACGGGGCUUAGUGUGUGUUUGGCCUUGAACCGAGGCUAUAUUUCAUCCUGACACCCACAGUCGUCCAUCCCAUGUUGCUGAGCUGCAGUCCCGACAUAUCCUGAGCGGAGCCGCCACCUCGUCUCAUCAGUGCAGGGAAACCUUCCCUAUACGAGGUUCUGCUUUUUCCCUCCCUACAGUCAUCUUCCGAAAGAUAUUAGCCCCACAGAGACUACCACAGCCUCGGCCAUGUUGACGUGAAUGUAACAGUGACUUACGGCGGGCGUCCUUUGAGUCAGACGAAGGCGCAGAUGCUCAGCAACAUAUCUAAGCAUUCCAGAGUGAUGUCCUCAGAGUAGUUUCUGUUUCUCCCUCUUUUUUUUUGAGACGGAGCUGGCCUCUGCUCACGGUCACGGCCCUCUAUCUCGCCCCAGUGACACUUCAGCUGCCACAUUUCCCAGGAAGAACUAAUAAACAUCCCCCAAAAUACAUUGAACGCAAGGACUCGCUGCCUAUUUGUUCUGAGGACAAAACUGAGAAUAGUUUUGCUUCUCUUUCCUCUCUGUUUUGCCGGGGAUUCUUUUUUCGUGCAUGGACAUUAGUCACCCUUGCACUCGUCAGACAUCUUUCCGUCCAUCUGCUUAGUGCUUUGUGAGCGUCUCCGAUGGCCGUCAGCAUGAGCAUGGGACGGGACACCAAAUGGCUGACCCUGGAAGUGUGUCGCGAGUUUCAGAGAGGCACCUGCUCAAGGUCUGAUGCCGAGUGCAAGUUCGCCCACCCCGCCCGGAGCUGCCAUGUGGAGAACGGCCGAGUCAUCGCUUGCUUCGACUCGCUGAAGGGACGCUGCACACGUGAGAACUGUAAAUACCUGCACCCACCUCCACACCUGAAAACCCAGCUGGAGAUUAACGGGAGGAACAACCUGAUCCAGCAGAAGGCGGCGGCUGCCAUGUUGGCUCAACAGAUGCAGUUUAUGCUGCCUGGAACCCAGCUGCAGCCCAUAACCACAUUCUCGAUGACGCCCUCCAUGGCAACGAGUCCCAGUAUGGCGUUCAGUCCCUAUCUGAGCCACAUGGGCCCAGGCAUGGGCUUGAUGCCUGAGCUGCUGCCCAGUGCCCCCCUCCUCGUCCCUGGGAGUCCCAGCGGCCUGGCAGCCAUGGGCAACGGCACCUCUGCACAAAAACAUCUGCGCACAGACAAGCUGGAGGUUUGUCGGGAAUUUCAGCGCGGUAACUGCACGCGGGGCGAGGGCGACUGCCGCUACGCUCACCCCCUGGAGGCCGGCAUGGUGGACUGCAGCGAGAACUCGGUCAUAGUCUGCAUGGACUACAUCAAGGGCCGCUGCAGCCGAGACAAGUGCAAGUACUUCCACCCGCCUGCUCACCUGCAGGCCAGGAUCAAGGCUGCACAGCACCAGGCCAGUCAGAACACAAUCACCAACACAGGCUUGGCUCUGCCGCCGGGGGUCAUGCAGCAGCUACCAAAGAGGCAGAUUGUAGAGAAGAGCAACGGAACUGCUUCCGCUAUCUUCAACCCCAGCAUGUUCCACUACCAGCAGGCCCUGGCUAACAUGCAGCUGCAGCAACAAGCCUUUAUCCCCACUGGACUUAUGAAAACCCCGGCCCCGCUGGCAGCGGAGAGCCGCUGGGAAAGGAGGGAGUGGAGCAGCUGCAGGCAAAUCCCCAGCCGCUUCCUGUCAGUACCUGGACUGAGUGUUCCCAUGAUGCACGGGGCCACCACCUCCAAUGUUUCGUCGGCCUCGACCCCAGUCACCAAUGUUCCUUUCGCUGAAUCCGCCGCCUCAAAUCAGAAAACACAGAGCUUCUGACCUCUGACCCAGUGGAGCUCCAGUGCGUUCCCAUGGAAACCCAUUUCUGUCCCGUCCCCAAACUGCUGAUGGCAGCUCCAGUGGCGCUAAACUCAGUAAGCCUUUCCCGAAACACCAAUUAAAGCCCCCGAAACAUGCGCAGUACCGGGGCGGCCAUCUUUCUGAACACAGCGAACACGUGCCUCCCCCACACUGCACACGACUGAGUGACAAUGUGACCCCUCUUAUGUUCUGACAGUAGGAGAGCUGCGAUGGUUCACCCAACACAAGCCCGGACAUACUGCUGCUGCUUGAAAGCAGCCAUCUUGAUGCAUACUGACUUGACCAGGCAGAGCAAUAGAGCUCCCUCGUUGUUACAGCCAUACAUGCCCACACCUUAAACGUGCAGCAGACGUGUGCACACAAACAAACACACACACAUACACUUGUACGACUAAAAAGCCCUUUAUGGGUUGAAGCCAUGACAUGUGGCGACCCAACACAUUUGACUGUUCCAAAGUGUGAAACUCUGAAAAGUUGAUUCUGGGAAAAUUCAGACGGUUCGAGGAACUCGUGUGAAACGGCCGCUGGUCUGCAACCAGUACAGUUUGUCAUCAUAACAAAGGAGUGAUUCAUGUCAUGUCAUGUUUACGUUUCAAGAUGGCUACAAAUGUGACACUGGUGUGAGUCGUUGUUCAUUUGUUUGUGCCUUUGGUUUUUAGCAGCUCAGCUGCAGAGUAGCUGAAAUACACAAAUACUCUGAAAGAUGUUAUGAUGGCUAAUCAAAUACAAAAUAUUUCAUUCUAAAAAAUCUGUAUCAACUUAUAGUCUAUUUCAAUUCCUCCAGUAAUUACAUCGAUCACCACUUUGAAUUGUUUUAUAAAUAUUAAGCAUGAUUUGAAUCCGCGUUUCAUAGUCAGUAUCUGGUGCUUACUAGAUAUUGGCAGCAAAUUUUAUUUUUCUUAAUACUUCCUUUUAUUUAAUAUUCCUUCAAAAAAAAACUAUAAAUGACCUAACAUUGCUGGAUCUAAGACACAAACUGCCUUAAAGCAGCUGAGGUGAUGUUCGCUAUGUUGAAGCCUGUCUCCGUAUAACUCUGAAAGUUUCUCAUCAGACAGCUCAACUCACUACUACUCUUGAAUUUGAGUUAAUUCUCUGGACUCGGUCAGUGGUUGGGUCCUGUCAGUAAUUGUCUAAUGAUUGAAAUAUGGUUUGUUUCUACAAACGCAGUCAAAUGUCACCUUCUGUUAAAGCUACGAGCCUUGGACUUGAAUCUGGAUUCCCUGAAAAAGAAACAAAGUUACAUUUAUGAGGGUCAGAUCUGAGACGUUUUAAUUGGUACUCCAUAAACUUUUAAACCUGAUGUCAGAGGAGGAAGCUGGAUCUGUUUCCUGAUGUUGUGCCUAGUCUGUGUGCCAAGUGGAGGUAUAUGCAAGGUGAUGCCCCCAUUCAAUGCAAUACCUGAAUGACUCCUCCUAAUAAACGUCUCCCCUCGCCAGUGCGGAUCUGUCUUUUAAACAGGCAGUGUGUCUAAUGUACGUGUCUCCUCUCAUGGAUCGAGUGAGCGGCACAGCAUUUUUAUGUUUCACGGCUCUUCAGGGAGAAAGCUUAGAACUUGAAAAUAUCCUGUCUGAAUUUAAAUUGUGUCGUCUUUUCUACUGAUGUGUCCUGUUCGUCUUAAGUCGCCAGACUCUAAAUAUUACAGUGACAGUUAGUAACCAGGACUGAGUUGUGGGGGAGUAAGAAGAUAGAGGAAUGAGAAGGAAAUCACCCCUUUGAAAAAAGACAUUUACGAACCAGUUGGAUUUCUGGUUCUCAAAUGUCUGUGAUGAACUGCUCUGAUGGCAUGUGAAAUUUAACGUAACGGCUUCGGGAACUGGGCUGAAAUAACUUUUAUCCAAAUUCAAACGUGCCUCUUUAAAGUCUCCUCAAACCACUGCUGUCAAUACACUGUAGGAACAGACCAGUGCUCAAAGAUAGAUGUGUUAUUUGGUACAUUAUUAUUAUUAUGGUGAAUCAUAUCUGUACUAGUUUCUUCUCUGAGACAGCUGUGCUGUCUUAUUGUUAAUGUAACGUAAAUAAAUCAGUGUAUUGUGUGCAUUGUAAAGUGUGUUGAGACAAUGAAUCGCAGAAUUGGUUUGUUGUAAAUGCUGCAGAUAAAACAACAUUUUUCACUAAACAUCAUUAAUUUAAAAAUAAUGUCAUUGUGUCGUGAAUGUAUCUAAAGCAAAAACUCUUCAUGCUCCUCUAAAAGACAGGCAUGUUGAAAUGUAAUGAUUCACUAUAUAUAGACUAUUUCUUAGGUCACAAAGGUACCAUGCUGAUAGUGUGUAAAGACAUAUAAAGUAUGUGUAUUGUUCUAUAGAUUUAUAUUUAAUGUCUGUGGGUGACGUGACUACUUUUAGAAAUAUCUUUCACUCUCAGUAAAGGUAGAGCUGAAUUGUACUUUUUGAAGUACAAAUGUAAACCAUACAGGUACAUUAUAGUCAGUUCUUGUACCCCGACAGUGGAAAGUACCCAAAGUGCCCAAAAUGCACCAAUUAACAAUGAUGUAACCGUUGGGCAAAUUUGAGACAAUUAGCAUGUUACUCUUUUUUUCCUGCAGUAUUUUUACGUUUUCUCGUGGUUUGGAUCGGACAGUUCUCCUCUGUGCUGCGACCCUUGUUUAGGGAAUAAGGAAGUGUAGACAGACCGGCCAGUGGGAGAUGCUCGUGCAGCAACAGGGACGUAAUCAUUCACUGGAUUCACAUCCGUGUCAAUUAUGUUCAAUGAGGCAAGUUGGAACCCUUGAUAAUAUCAAUAUCCCUUCUGUCUGUCUAUGAGGAAAUCAAUACUGCUCUCCUGUUUAUGAGUUAUAUUUGAUUAGCUUUGCACAGACCUGGAGGCAGGGGGAAACAACUAGGCUGAGAUCGUUCAUUUCGUAGAGUUGUGUUCUUUAACUGUUUCUUGACCCACAACCAGGCAAAGUGCACAAUCUGGAAUCUCUGGACAACAUCAGUACGAAUAAUUGUGACCGUGUCGGACAUUUUAUCAGUCACAAAAUCAAAUACUGAAUAUAUAAAAGUAUUUCUAAAUGGUUUCAAACCCAGUCUGGCAUUUCUGUUUCCCACUUUCUUGUUAUUUAUUGACCAACAUUCUACAUCGUUGCAGAUCAAUGUAAAGUGUAAAAAAUCUCUGCAAUGAACUAAAGCAUUGUUUUCCCUUGUUUCCAGUCUUUAUGGUUCUAACUUCAAAAUACCAAACAGACAUGAGAGUGAUAUUAAUCUACUCAUCUAAUUCUACGAAAAGAAGGUGAAUAUGUGUAGUAUUUAUUUAAACAUUUACAUUUCAUCCACCUGUGGAUCACAUUCCACUAGACAACAGGUGUCACAGGAGUAGCGAUACAACAUGAUAUAAAUGUGUUGACAAAUUGCAUCUCAAAUAGAUUUUAAAUUCCAUUAUAUACCUAUUUUUUUAAUUAUAUCAUAUGCUUAUGUGUUAUAUUUUCUCAUUUGAACUAGUGAUUGACGGAUAAACAGUUCAUCCGUAGAAUUUUUAUAUAAUAAUAAAUUGGCUUGCAUUCAUGAAAAUUCAUGAUUGACCAAUUUUUAUGGCACGACUGAUGUUUUAACUCUUUUUCUGUGACACGUGUUGUCCUCCAUAUAAAAGCAGUACCUAGCCUGUUAUAUGUCUGGUAACAUACAUCUGUAAAAUACUUUUUGUCACAGACAUAUACUGUACUUCUUCUUCCACUCUGUAUUCGAGGGAUUAGCAGCUAAUCUUAGUGAAAAAUUGUUCUAUCCUGCUCAUGAAAUUGAGAAUUAGAAUGUCCCAGAAAGUUAUCUCAAUCUUGUGGUUUUGAGAGGUUAGAUUUGUCCAGCCGAGGAAGCCCCUGCUUCUAGCCUUUAUCUCAUCCCCCCCCUUCACAUAAUUUUGCCUUGACUGAAAAAAACAACGAAUGCACAAGAGUGUGUUAGUUAGUGGAUCUGCAGUGUGGCAUGAGCAACAUUUUACGUCUUUCCUUUCUCUAAAUCUCAUGCACAUGAUUUUCUCAAAUGUAAAAGGAUCUGAUCACUGGGUGCAGUGUCCAGAUCCUUUAGCGUGUGUAAUUCAGCCUACUUUUGUUUCCUAGGGCACAAACAAAGGGCCUUAUUUCUGGAUCACUGUAUAAAGAUAUGAUAGCUGUGUAUCAAAAUGACUUGUAUUAAUGGUAAGUUAAGCUUUUUUUUAUCUAACUUAAAACAAAAACACAGCAUGAAAUUUAAAAAAAAAUCAUUUAUACAUAGUUAAUGGUUUGUGUAGACCAACACGAAAAAAUAUUCCAUAUGUAUACAAUGAUGGAGUCAUUGUAAACGGUAAUAGAUUUGGUUGCUAUGGCAACAAAAUGACAACAUGGCUACCUUUCUAUUAUCCGAAUGUGAAUUUUUUCACAUUAAUUGAAAUAACGUACACCACUAACCUAUUCAAGAAGGGAAUGUCUAAUUAGUUUGUCUUGUUAUUGCGUCGUGAUGAAAUAUUUUAUAUGGAAAUCUUCGUAAUAUCCAAAGGUCCUUAGGGGAGAUCAGGUGUUUAUUUUGUUGUAUUAAUUUGACCUUAAUUGUUUUCUCUUUUUUGUUGUUCUUGAAUAUGUUCUUUUUGAGAAAUAAGAACGGACUUAAACACCUUUCUGUCAGGGAGGUGAAGAGGCUUUUGGACUAAGUGGAAGAUCUUCAUAUUUUUCUGUCAAAUCAAACUAAUCGGUUCACUUCCUGCCUGCAGCGGGGACGGCUUUCCUCUCUUUGUGGAGGUUUGAGGUUUUAUUAGUGAAUUCGGUUUCAGUUUCGACCCAGAACGUGGUCCAGAAGUCUCUUACUGCCCAGCUGUGCUGGGGGAUGACCAUCCUUACUGAGGUGUACCUGAAUGUGUCAUGUUCACCUUGUUUGCACUUAUGUACAUAACUAUGUCGAAAUACUCAAAAUUUAUUUUGAAUAAAUAUAGAGAAAAGAGUUGACUAAAAAAAAUCUAAUCAGUGUAUUGUUAAUGAUAUGUCUAUCAUUUUAUUACAGUAUAAAAAGAUCACUUUGAGAGAUCUGCCCUUUGUUUGUUUGUUUGCUGGAGCCCUGCUCUAAUCCAAGCAUGACGUUGCCUCGCUCUAAACCUUGAAUGGGCUGCGGUUUUAAAAAAGCUUUUUCAGUUCGUUUCUGGUUCAAACCUGACAUCCAACAAUAGAGAUGGAUUAGAAGAAACAGUCCCUCUGGAAUAAUUACAACCAAAUAAUACUAACACCUGGUUGUUAUAUGCUCAUCGUGAUGACACAAACGCAGGCGCUCUCCUCUAAAGCAGCAAAAUAAAGCACAGGGUAGCUCCACCUGAAACCAGCUGGGAAACAAGAGGAGCAGAUAUGAGCAAGACUCUAGAGAGGGAUGAACAUGAGAUGUGUUUUAAAUCCACUUACAUUUCUGUCAUUUUGUGAAAUGGGUUAUUGUUUUCCCCCUUGUCGUCAUUAUCCAAAACAACAAUAAAUCUGUAUUCUCCUGCGGAUUUGCGUCACAGUCGCAAACAACCUGUUUUUGCGAUGUUAUUCUUGGAGCAGCAGCGUCCUUGCGUAACUCUGUUCCUGCAGAUUCAGACAUUCACUGCUCUCCAAUUGCUCUCAAAGCCAGCGAUUUUGUUGCCAUGGCACUUGUCCUAGCGGUGGACAGACUGAGUCAUCCUGGUGAAUCGGUUCACAGCCCCUCGGACUGUUGUGGAAUAUUGACUUUUAAGUGUCUGCUCACAGAGACGGCUCUCUGUACGACGUGUACCCAAACCUCACCAAAGGUUCUCUGCUGUGACUAACCAGCAGCCAUCAUCACUGCAGUGCCAACGCACAGUAUGGGGGAGAAGUACAUGAGGAAUGGUCAUGACAUACUGUGUGUUUCCAGUCACCAAUAAGGGAAUACGAUUGUGAUUUUAUUUCGAAAUGUAUUUAUUGUUAUUUCAAAGGUUCAGUUGUGUAAGUGUGCCUUUAUUGUGCAAACUGUAGUUUUCCUUUUACGUUUGAAUGGACUUGAAACAUCACAAGUGUUGACUGUGUGUAGAACACUUUUGUAAUCUGUUGGUGAGUCGCAAUCACAUUGGGUACAGUCGCAGACCGAAUGGCAACCCCUGGAAGUUGAAGAGGGCCAAAGACUGUUCAGGACUAAGCCAUAUGAAAAACUCUCUCUGACACUCUAGGACAGACUUGACGGUGACGGCCGUUUCUCUCGCUUCUCUUUUCUUUUUCUUUUUUUGUUGCCUGUGGUGCUUGUAUGUGCUGCUGUGCUACGUGCCAAUUUGAUUUGCAGUGUAUCGCUAUUAAGAGUAAGUUACUGUGCCUAUGAUAAGUUCUGCGAUUUCUGUUUGACCUUUAAUAAAAACAUAUUUGUGAUCCUC